AAUCUUAGGAGAAAGUAAACGAGUUGCUUCCGGGUUUCUAGUCCCCUGGAUCACGUGUCAUAGGCAGACUGCGGCUGGAACCAGCUUUAUGUGUCCGCUCCAAGGCACCAAGGGCUGGAUUUCAUGGAGGAAGGAGGGAAGAGUGAUGGCCAAGUAGUAGAGAGCAGCACAUCCUCCCAAGGGCACAAUGUUGCCGCAGGAGAAAGUAUUGAGGUUGUAGAUGAAGGAUUGCCGGACGACCUGCCUUCUCUGGACUCAAGAGCUGUGGAGCAGCUGAGUGCAGGGCUUAUUUCUCACUACUUGCCCAAUCUUCAGAACUCCAAGCUUUCCUUACAGGAGCUCACGCAAAAUCAAGUGGUAUUGUUAGACACGCUUGAGCAAGAAAUUUCCAAAUUUCGAGAGUGUAAUUCAAUUCUUGAUAUCAACGCCCUGUUUUCAGAAGCCAAAUAUUACCACAGCAAAUUAGUGAACAUUAGGAAGGAAAUGAUUCUGCUCCAUGAAAAGUCCUCCAAAUUAAAAAGACGUGCACUGAAGCUCCAGCAAAAAAAGCAGGAGGAAAACCUAAAGCAAGAACAGCAAAGAGAGCGGGAGCUUGAAAGAGAGAAACAGCUGACUGCGAAACCGGCAAAAAGGACAUGAAAAAUAACUCGCGCUUCAGUCUGUUCCACGCAGCAGUAAAUCCAUGCCUGUUUAAGGAGGCUCGUCUGACCCUUCACGAAAAUGACAACUGCUCUGUCUUGCCGUCUUUGUUGUAUGUUAUAUUGUGUUUAGAGGCGAAGAAUAGAAGAUUUUAGUUGUGUUUUUUUUUUUUUUUUUUUUUUUUUUUUUUCUAUGCUUAGUUUUUUUACCAUGUAAUUUUUCCUAUGCUUACCUUAGUUUCCACUGCCUUGUAGCCAGAUAGUCUUUACUCCAUUGCAGGACUUCUGUCUACGUAAUUUUUUUGUGCACAUUUUAUUUUAUUUUUUUCGAGUACUUGAGAUUAUAAUGUUCCACAGGUACAAGCCCCACAAGACUUUCUGCAUGAGAAAUUGCUAUGCUUUUUCUGAGCCAUAGGCUACUUUUCAGAUUUCUAAUUACCAUCUCAUCAGUUACAGCUUUUUAGAGGUAUUUAAUCAUCUAAAGGAAAAUGUCCAGAUUUAAAAGUUCUGUUUACUGUAUUAUUCAUGCAUCUAGAUUCAAACCACCAGAUAAUUAACACUUCUAGGGGUAUGAACAACAUGUAAUGUAUGAUUUGCUUCCAGCACACUGACUAGACCGAACACCAUCAGCAGUUAAUGACAUGGACGUGUGCUUCUCUGUUUAAACACUAGGUGGCACAAUUUUCUUUCUAAAGGCCUAUACUCUGGAUGCAAACCAUUUGCACUUCAGCGGUUACGUAUUCGCCUUUCAUGUCUAGUGUAAUAGCUGUAUUGUAAGGUGGAUAAAGAACAAUCCACUUCAGUAUCAGGAUACCAAGCCUAAAAUAAAAGUUGCUUUAUAGUAAUA